GCACUAGCUAGCCACUGUGUUAUGAUGUAUGCUGAUAAGGAUUCAACCUCUAAUCAACCAACAAACCAACCAACCAACAACCAACCAUCAAUCCCAGAUUAACUUUUGAACACAGAGUGAGAGAAAUCAAAACAAAGGGUUUGAAGAAGAAGAGUUCACCAAAGUUUACUGUUUUGAUUGGAUUGGAUUGGAAGGCAACAAGUGUACGGCUGGCUGGCUCUUCAAACACGGCAAAGGGUGAGGCUUUCGGCACAGAAACGAAACCAAAUUAUUAUCCUUCACACACAUCACAUGGUCCUGUGAGAUUUCAGAGACAGAUGGGCUGCUUUACACAACGCCACGCCAACUGCCUCACCACCAAAGCUGCAAACUUUAGAUAUCGAUUGAGAGAUGCAUAAAAAACACGCAGAUGCUAAGAUGCCCACCUCACCAAACCACCGCAGAGAAGAAGAAAUAAACAUCAAACCCAAACCACCGCCGCCACCACCACCACCAAACCCUAACCCAAACCAAAUGGAGCUUCCUGAAGACAUCGUCGCCGACAUACUCAAGAGACUGCCUGCAAAAUCUCUGGUCCGAUUCAGGUGCGUUUGUAAACCGUGGUGCUCUUUGAUCACGAGCCCAAGUUUCGUAAGAACCCAUCUGAAAUUAAACAGAUCCCAGUUUCAAUCCGACCUCGGAACAAGCACCCGCAUCAUCUUGUCGCGUUAUUGUGAUACCCUUUUGUCCAUGGUCUCUGAGAACAACAAUGUUGUUGAGACAGUGGAGCUGGACUUUGCUCUGGUUCGAAACUUGCCUUAUUAUGUAAAGGGUCACUCUGAUGGGUUGCUCUGCUUGGUUAUCAAUGAUGGGUUUGGAGGCAUGGCUGUUAUUUACAACCCAUCAAUCCAAGAGUACAGGAAGCUCCCUUCUCCUUGUAAUUUCCGAAGUACGAGGGAGGUGCUUGGUUUGGGUUUUGACUCCUCCAUCGAUGAUUAUAAGGUUGUCAGAGUCCCAUCCAACUAUUGCCGGCUGAAAUGUCCUGGAUACCAGCCUCAAGUUGAGGUCUUGGAGCUCAAAACCAAUUGUUGGAGGAAGAUCCCAGAUGAGGACACGCCACCUUUUUUCAUCGAACACAUUUUUCAGGCAACUGAGGUGAAUGGUGGGCUGUAUUGGCUGGCUGAGGAUCAUGAUGCUUCGAGAUGCGUGAUUCUGCGUUUUGAUUUGGCUGAGGAGAAGUUUAAGGUGGUGCUGCCCCCACCCGAUGAGAGUUGUAAGAGCAUAUCAUGGAUUGGGGCUUUGAAAGACUGGCUUUGUGUGGUGCACACUAGGAGGUUGAGUGAUGUUCAUGUUUGGGCAACCAAAGAUGACAAGAAUUGGACAAAGAUCAUCACCACUUCGAGGUUUCCUAGGAUCCCCGGACGAGACCCUUUUCUCGACUCUUUUCGAUACAUGCCCUUGUGCUAUACUGAGAAGGGAGCUGUGCUGAUGAGUGUUAGAGGGGAGAGGUUUGUUACCUUUGAUACAAGAGAUAACACAUUUGAACAUGUUGACAUCCGAGGUGCACAGCAUUGGUUGCAGGAGACCGUGUACUGCGAAAGCCUAGUUUCGCCAGGUGGGGGUGGGAAUCCGACUGAGUCCGCGGUGGCGUUGGGUUCUGAUGUUGGUGUGGCAGAGGGAGAGCAAGAUGAAGACCAGACAGCAGUUGGGGACAGCACAAGCAGCAACAGCCUUAGGCAACUGCUUGUUGGUUUGAAGAGGGAAGUGCACAACUUACUGGUUUGUAGCGUUGGCCACAGGAACAUCAAUGAUGAUAAUUGAGAAGACUUUGCUACUUUGCAGACGAGAACUUCUUAACUCAGAGUUUUAUGUUGCCUCUGCUUGUUGCUGGUUGUAUUGUACUAUUUCUAGUCUUUGUUUUGUUUUUUCUGUUAUCCAUCCCCACGAGAGAGAGUUUUUCUUUUAUAAGAAACACAAUGACCCACAGGGUUAUUGACUCCAGGAA